UAUUGCACUGUCCUCCCCCACACAGUUCUCUUACUAGACAUCAUAGCGAGUUAACCCGCCUCUCUCUCAUAAAAUCUUUAUCUGGCCUAAAAAUUCUCUCUAAAUCAAACCCAGGAAUCACAAAUCACCACUUCAAGAUCUGUUCUCUACAACCUCUGAUUUCACACAUGAAAGAUCUGGGUUGUUUGUGAAAGGACUGCGUUUUGGGACUGAAUUUAAGCAGGUCCUUUUCAGGUUUUGAGGUUUCGAAGUGUUUAUGUUUGUGUGUUUUUGGGAUCUGGAUUCGUUAAAGUUUGGAACUUUCUAGGAUUUUUUAACUGUUUUUUUAAUGGAAAUGUCAAUUGCACCGCCGAAAGAAGACUCUAUUCAAAUUAGAGAGGUUUGGAAUGAUAAUCUCGAAGAGGAGUUUGCCUUGAUUCGUGAAAUUGUCGAUCAGUUUAAUCACGUAGCUAUGGAUACCGAGUUCCCUGGCGUGGUUUUGCGCCCUGUCGGGAAUUUUAAGAAUAUUAGUGAUUAUAAUUAUCAGACUUUGAAAGAUAAUGUUGACAUGCUGAAAUUGAUCCAAUUGGGUCUAACGUUCUCGGAUGAGAAUGGGAAUUUACCAACUUGUGGGACGGAUAAGUUUUGCAUUUGGCAAUUUAAUUUUCGUGAGUUUAAUGUGACUGAAGACAUCUUUGCCAGUGAUUCAAUUGAAUUGUUGCGCCAAUGUGGGAUUGAUUUUAAGAAGAACAGUGAAAUGGGUAUUGAUGUGAAUCGGUUUGGUGAGCUUCUGAUGUCAUCUGGGAUUGUUUUGAAUGAUGGUGUGAACUGGGUUACUUUUCAUAGUGGAUAUGAUUUUGGGUAUUUGCUCAAGCUUUUGACUUGCAGGAGUUUGCCUGACUCACAAGCAGGAUUCUUUGACUUGAUCAAUAUGUAUUUUCCAAUGGUGUAUGAUAUCAAGCAUUUGAUGAAGUUUUGCAAUAGCCUGCAUGGUGGAUUGAACAAGCUUGCAGAGUUGUUGGAGGUGGAAAGAAUUGGUGUGUGCCAUCAAGCUGGCUCUGAUAGUUUGCUUACAUCAUCCACAUUUAAGAAGUUGAAGGAUAACUUUUUCAGUGGCUCCACUAAGAAGUAUGCUGGUGUUUUGUAUGGUCUUGGUGUCGAGAAUGGACAGAAUACUAAUUGAAGUAAAGAAAAUAAUUGGGCAAAAGAUCGAUCAAUAUUUGUAGACUACGUGUGAGACUUUCUAUUCUCCUUGUAUACUUUGCCAAGAAAGAUUGUUGUUCUAGUGUUGAAUUCUUUCAAUAGCUUCCUUGUAACCGAAACCUUGACUGCUUUGUAGCUUGGUUCUUUGUAAAUUAUUGCAGUUAGUGCUUCUAUAAUAAUCCUAGUUUUUUCACAA